AUGUCCUCCCGGGGUAACACAAAACGAACCAAAACGGGGUCCAAAGACAAAAAACAAGUUUCAAAAAUAGGAUCCAGGUCGAACAGCAACAGACCAAUUCCAUUCAGGGGAAUAUCAGCAGAAACAUCAGACGGAAGUGGUGCAUCAACAGCUGCUGUCCCUCCAGAGCUUCAGCAACAACUGCUGAAUAUCUUCCGAGACACCUUCACGGACCGAUUCACCGAGGAGCUGCCGGCCCGGCUCCAGGCGGUCAAACAGCAUCUCUACAACCGUGAUUUUGCCAAAGCGUUUGGACCGGCUGAAAAUCUCGAAGCUUACGCUGCACGAUGGAGCCCAAGCCGUGCAUUGGCAUACUGCACUAUUUUUGCAGACCUAUCAGAGUUUUUGGUUCCCUUGGCACUGACAGUCAAUGGUAAUGAUGAACCUGCUUCUGAAGCGUCGUCGAGUCUAGAAUCCCAAACUGCGGGACUGAGCAUUUCAGAGACUCAGCCCAAGAAAAAUGAGCCAGAGAGUUCUACUGUUGACAGCCAGAGGAAAAGAAGAAAGACUCCAAGUCUCAGGAUAUCAUGUCUUGGAGGAGGUGCCGGCGCAGAGGUCGUCGGACUCGCAGGAUAUCAUAAGUAUCUGCGCACAAAUUACAGCCAGAAUAGCACCAGCUCCGCGUUUCUGGAAAAGCAAGUAGAAGAAGACAACGAAGACGGGGAUCAAGAAGAAAUCAAUCUGCACGGGGCCAACGAUCACCGAGAAGAAUCAGAAGAGCAGACGAACAUGGAGAAUCUCCAAAUACACAUCAAAGCCGUGGACAUUGCCGAUUGGGGAGCAAUACUAGAUCGUCUUGAGCAAUCAAUCACUAGCCCGCCAAAGCUCUCGCAGUACGCCUCGGCGGCCGCUCGCGCCGCUGCCGUCCCGCUGAUAUCAACCAAUCAAUCCAAAGGAAACGAGCAAUUCCGGAUAACAUUCAAACAGCAAGACGUUCUUGACCACUCUGCUCGGACAGCCCAGCCCCCUUCUUCUUCUCCUUCUUCUUCAUCUUCCUCUCCAUUGUCCGGAAGCGCCGCUUCCUUAUCCAAGUCUUCAGAAAUACCCACUACAACGACCACAGCACCACCACCACCACCACCACCACAAACAACAGCAACGACAGCAGCGACAACAUCUGAAACCAGCCAGAUCCGCGCCAAAGACACCUACAGCUACUCACGCGCCCAAUCCGCGCGCUUCAACUUCAUCACGCAGGAUACGCACCUCGUCACACUCAUGUUCACGCUCAACGAGCUCUACUCGGCAUCCAUUCCCAAAGCCACGGAACUGCUCAUGACCCUGACGCAUAAUCUGCGCCCAGGCACGUUAUUCCUCGUCGUGGACAGUCCUGGAAGUUACUCCACCUUGUCCUUGGCCAAGAAGACGAAGUCCAAAAAUGCUGGGGCCAGCACUAUAUCAGAGGAAGGAGAGGGAGCAGAAGGAGGAAAGGAAACAAAAGCCUAUCCGAUGAAAUACCUUCUUGACCUUACGCUGCUUCGCGGCGCCUCGGGCGAUGAGCCGAACAAAGGCACACACUGGGAGAAGCUCGUCUCGGAUGAUUCGCGAUGGUUCAGACUCCCAACUGACAGUAACAGCGGCAGUAGCAGUAGCAGUAGCGCUGGAGGCUCAGCGGGGUUGAGAUAUCCGAUUCAGUUGGAGAAUAUGCGCUAUCAGAUCCACCUGUACCGGCGGAUUUAA